AUGACAAACACAGCACACUCGUGUGUGCUCGUCUCAUGCCCGCUAACAAACCAAGUCCAAAUUGCCAAGCUGACCAAUACCGGAGAUUUGAAGCAUAUCACCACCAUCUCCGUGAGCAAGCCCGGACCUACCACCGUUCAAGAGAGAGCAUCAGGGACAUGCACUCUGUUUAUUUCCGAGACGAUCGACGCUGAACAUCACUACUGCGCUGUUUACCAGAUCGCCAAAGUAAAUAGCAGAUCGCAGUCAGAUCAAUGCGAUGACAUCCUGGAGGUAAAACUGGAGGGAAAAAUUCGAAUGGCCGGAAAGCCGACGUAUUUCAAAGUAAUCAACAACGUACUAUUGUGUGCGCUGUACCACGAAGGUCAAUUGACGAGUACUCUUUUGUCCGAGACCGGUCUAGCUCUGGAUGGUGACAUUACUGAUAGAAUGGAGGACUUGGAGGGUUGUCAUUGUGCUGAGGAGAUUCCUGAUCACAUAAAUGAGACAUCAUUUGGAGAUUUGAUUCUAUGCGCUGCAUUGAAACGCAACGUGAUGGCGAUCGUGAAGGUGACUGGUAAGGGACGGUUGAUAAAACUCGAAGAGAUUCCGGCCGCCGGCGAAGGUCCUCGUCAUAUCGUUUUUGACCCAGUGCUACCUCGAGCAUAUGUGCUUAAUGAACUAGAUAGUCACUUAUAUACCUACCGCGUUGAACUCUCUGGAUUGCAUACGGACGUGGGUCGGACGGACGUGGGUCGGACGGACGUGGGUCGGACGGACGUGGGUCAAAUGGACAGGGAACAUACGGCUGACGCGAAGCAAGAAACGAGUAUGGAGCGCCAAACGGAUGCUGUACGACCCUUAGGAGGCGCUAUAUCGCUUAUGUCAAGUAUCGAUACGUUGAGUCCAGAGUUUUGUGGCACCCGUUGGGCGGCCGACUUGCAUCUUUGGUCCUCCACUAUAGGAGACACUGCAGCGGGGUCGACCAGAUGGAUUUAUACUUGUGACAGGACGGCCAACGAGAUUACCGUAAUGAUGGCGAAAGAUCAAGGCCUACCUGUCAAAGUGGGAGCCUUCAGGACAGAGGAACAACCACGAGGGUUCAACAUUAUUCCAGUCGGCAAUGACCGCCACUACCUUCUUGUUGUUGGGCAAAAGUCUCACCAUGCGUCCGUCUAUGAAAUCGCAUCCCAGCAACCCCGACUGCUCUCUCGUCAACUUGUCAGUCCCGCCGGAAACGACUCUGCCGGAAACGACUCUGCCUGGGAAGGUGCCAUGUGGGUGGAAUAUUUUUCAAUAAACUGA